AUGUCCUCUGCAGUUAUAACCUCUCUCGAAAGCUCCUCCUCGAUGCCGGUUCAGCAGCUCAGAGAUGAGAACAACUCUAUCCCGUCUCUAGAGCAGAUCAAGUCUAUAAAUGACAGCGUCGUCCUUGAGAUGCCUUCCUCCAUGAUUUAUCCUGGAUUAAAUGAGGCACUCACGAACUCUGGCAUCGGCACUGAAAAUGCAGAUAUAGGUUCAGGAGGAUACUUGGGCGUUGUUGCUGACACCUGCGGUUUCGAUGUUGAGGACUUCGACAUGGAUGGUGACAAUAUCUCCUACAACUCUGGGCUUGAGGCGCCUGAGAGCCUAAUCAGUGAUAUCAAACCCAGAUCAUCUGUUCCUUCUGACCUGGAAGAUGCACUGAUCGAGCUUCAUAACCUCCGUACCCAUUGUCGUGCUCAGCAAAGCAUCAACAAAUCCCAGCAGAAGCGACUUUGCAAACUCGACAAGUUUGUUCGUGCCAUCUCAUCAAAAGAGGUUUAUGACAUUCACAAAGCACGGAAGAUGGUCCAGUACAAGGUUGCAUUUCAUCAUGCCCAGAAAGAUCUGCGGAGAAGUCAGAUGCAGCUAAUGCUCCAAGAGGAUGAGAUUGCUGAAAACAGGAAAUUUCAUUCGGACUCGCUUCACCGCAACAAGAGGCAAGUAUAUGUCAUAAAGGAGUUGGGCUUGCGUCUUUAUAAAUCACAAAUGGAGGCAGAGGUCGAGCAUAGGGAGCAGCAUCUGAAGCAGUUGAAGACCAUCGAGGAUUUGGAACGACGUCUCGGCACCUCUGAGAACAACAAAUAUCUGUCAAAUAUCGAGGAGUUGAAGGUUCAGCUGGGCCGCGAAAAGCUUCUUCGUGGGAAUGUAGCCAGAAUUCUACUCAAUGAGCACAAUCCUGCAGUUGCUGUGGCAGAGUCUCUCCGACUCCUGACCCCUUCAUCUGAAAUUUUCUCGAAGUCCACUGCCGAGGGCCUUUCCAUCAAGGCUGAACAGCAACCAAAUUUGUUCCACACUGCAGUAGCCAAACAGUUGCUCGAACUUGAGGACGAGGCAUGGAGAGUUUAA